CAGCAUAUUUUGACUACAAAGAUGAGUCUGGGUUUCCAAAGCCUCCCUCUUACAAUGUGGCUACCACACUGCCCAGUUAUGAUGAAGCCGAGAGAACCAAAACUGAAGCUACUAUCCCUUUGGUUCCUGGAAGAGAUGAGGAUUUUGUGGGUCGGGAUGAUUUUGAUGAUCCUGACCAGAUGAGGAUAGGAAACGAUGGGAUUUUCAUGUUAACUUUUUUCAUGGCAUUCCUCUUUAACUGGAUUGGGUUUUUCCUGUCUUUUUGCCUGACCACUUCAGCCGCAGGAAGGUAUGGGGCCAUUUCGGGAUUUGGUCUCUCUCUGAUCAAGUGGAUCCUGAUUGUCAGGGUAAGUUGUACACUAGCAAAGAUAGAGUCUGUAGAGAAGGAAGAAGUAGAACAAUUUUUAAUGUUUUAUUUUUUUUCGUUUGCUUUUUGGGAAUUAUCUCAGCAUUUAAAAUGAUUUUUUGGUUUGUCU